UCCUCAUCUCUCCGUCUAUCUGCAUCCCGCUGCUGUCGUUGCGUACAUGUCCUAGCGGUGCAGGCUGUCGCGUGUCCUGUACUAUGUUCCCACAACCCUCCCCACUAUAGAACAGACUCACACACCGCCCCAGUCCCUUAUGUGUGCUGCUUAGCGCCUGCCAGCGGUGCCGCCCCGUAAUAACCCCACUGACCCUGGGUGCCCCGUGAUGCAGCUCCGGAGUUCCGGGCUUUGGCUGCUCCUAUGCUCGGUGUGGCUACUGCAUGUACCGGGGAGUCGAUCUGCUUGUGCCAGGCGAGGGCACCCAAGGUGUUGCUCGGGUCGAAAUAACGCCUGUACCGGUGUGAGCCCAACCGGGACCACGUGUUACUGCGAUACGUACUGCAACCGGAGCGCAGACUGCUGCGAGGACUACCGGCGACAGUGCGGGGGGAGCGUGUCACAUUGCGUGGUCGGCCCGUGGGGGACAUGGAGUACGUGCAGCUCACGCUGUGGAAUCGGGAGCAGGGAACGUGUGCGCCAAGUGAGCGUGCCCCCCAGAAGCGGCGGUAAUCCUUGCCCAGAUCUCAGACAGCGACGUGGCUGUUAUGGAGAGGACCCCUCUUGUCACACCUCUAAAGAGGUGGCCAAGAUCCUGCCAGACACCUUCAAAAGGGAUUUCAGAGACCCCUGGAGGAGACGCCAUACCGUACCACAGGAGAGGAGCCCAAGUUAUUGUGUAUAUUUCCGGAUUAAACAUGUUGGCCCAGCCUGUCGGCUUCAGGGAUGGAGUAGACAUCUGUUGCAAGAACAACGUGUGUGUGUAGAAUGUCAAGCAGAAGCUGCAGUGAGCAAUGGGCGAUGUCUGGGUGAUGGACUGGCAGGGAUCAGAACAUUCUGGACAGCAGCAUCACUUCCAGGAUGCCAGGGGUCAUGGGUACAAGACGACCUCAGAGAAGACUGCACGUGCCAGCAACUUUCAUUCCUCUUUGUCUGAGGUGGUUCCAUAGUAUGAAGCCAUGGCAGCUCGGAGUGGAAAUGCAACAAUAACACACACACUGGCAACUUUGCUAUGCCAUCAAAACCCUGUUCAACAAAGCACAAAACCAGAUCACUUACCUCUCCGAUACCUACCUCUUUAACAUGUAUUUUGGCAGAAUCAUUCUUGCAUGUUUUUAAAUGAAUAUGUUUCAGUUGUAUAACAAUCUAAUAAUAGUUAUGUUACUGGUCUUGUGAAUUAUACGGUUGGCUGCUUCCUUCUUGGAAAAACGUUUCAUCCUAACACUACAGAACCUAUUGCUUUAGAGGUGCUGGAUAAUUGUAGAGCCAAAUUGUGUUUACAUUAUAACAAAACAAAAAAAUACAAAAUUAUUUACUGCAGCAGCAAGAUGAAAGCUGCCAACAGUGCAUUGUAGAUUUCUCACAGUACUGGGAGAGGGGAUAUG